AUGUAAGUAUAAUAGGAGUAAAAGUAGAUUAAUAAGUAAUAACUAGACGUCUAUCGUGGUGCCUUUUUAGGUUUAAAAACAGCUAACUUAGUAGACCCAGAUGAUAUUGAAAAAUAUGAUUAGGUUAGCUAUAAUGCUCUUAAAGCUUAAGGUUUGGUGAUGUGUUUCUCAUUAUUUUGGACUAGAAUUUAUGAAAUUGGUAAUUUUAAAAUGCCAGUAAAAUCUCGCUAUGUAUUUUAUGGUUUAGGUAUAGCAAUUCCUUCUUUUAUGCAUGCUUUCUAUGUAUCUAAAAAAGUUAAUGAAGCUUUAAUAAGCUUUGAUCGUAAAUAUACACCUAAAUACUAUGAAUAAUAUAUUAAUAGUGUCACUAAAUGA